UCUUUCUGUAUUGGUUUUGUUAUAGUUCUUGUUUAUAAUUUCCAGUGGUGUCCGCUAAUUUCAUAAUUACUGAUUAAGUUCACUAUAAUUAAUUGCAAAAUAUACUUAACUUAAAAAAAUGUGUGACUCACAUAAUGAAAAUUUCUUUAUUACUGUGAACAUUAAUAAUAAGUAAUUAGAAGAAGCAAAAAUUUUCCAAAACUAUGGAAUUGACCUAAAAGAUGAGCUGAAAAUUUUGUUUGACAUAUCAUUUUGAUCCAUCACCAUCAAAAGGCCAUGUUUUCUGAUUACAAGAGCAUUCGCAGAGCUUACACUCCUCCUGUCACACCUAUUAGAGGAAGAAAACCUAGACCUAUAUCAGGCAGUGAUGGUGAUGUUCGUGUAAAGUUGAAUUUCACUCCAUCAGGGAUACUUCAAAAUUUUGCUCUUCCUAGGCCUUUUCGUAGAAGAAAUAAGUCGAAGGAUAGAUAUUCGGAUGGUGAUGUAGCUGGCACAAUGAGGCCAAGAGAACUUAUUGAACUUGCCAGUUUUGGAGUUGUAGAGUUGGAACCUGCUGAGAGAGGAGUUGGUCAUCAGUUUCAGAUUUCUAGUCUGAAGAAUCCAACGUGGUGUGAUUGUUGUGGUGAUUUCAUUUGGGGGCUGUAUAAUUCUACAGACUGCUUAAGAUGCCUUAAUUGUCACUAUACAUGUCAUCAACGCUGCCAACACCUUGUAACACUUGAUUGCAAAGGUUCAGGAGAUAUGCAAACUACUGACCUCAGUGAAAUAAAUGACCGCACUUUGAAAAAUCAGUCCCCAGAAAAGGAACGACUCUCUCCCUUGUUCUUUGAACAUCUUGACAGAGAUGAACUCCAUUAUAGAAUUGAUCGCUAUAAUGAAGUACACCAAGAUUCUGAAAUGGUUUUGCAGGCUGAUGGUGAAACGCUCCAUGGUUUUAUCCGUGUGCACAUGAAUCUUACUCGACCCAUCAAUGUUAUUGCUGGAACCCGUCCACCUUCCAUUUAUGAUAUUUUGAAAGAAGAAGAUGAUGGUGGUCGCAAAACUCUUACUUCCUUUUAUUUACCUCGUGACACUGUGAAAGCAUUGCAUAUUACUAGUGAGUUUUCAGCUCGAGAAGUAAUAAAUGCCUUGCUGAAAAAGUUUAAAGUUGCUGACAAUUCUCACAAGUUUGCCUUAUAUGAACGAACUUACCAAAAAGGUUCAAACCAAGCUAAACUUCGACGAAUUCAGGAUGAUGAAAUUCCUUUGAUGUUGGCAUUGCUUGACUGUGAUGAAGAUAAACAUUUUGUUUUGCAAGAAAAUGAGACUGAAGAUAUCAUUUGGGAACACUUCGCCAUUCCAGAGCUCAAUAAUUUUCUGAAAAUUCUUGAUUUAGAAGAAGAAGAAUACCUUAAUCAAGUGAAACUCAAGUACAGAAUUCUGCAAGAAAAAAUUCAGGAAGCGAUGAAUAAACUUAAGCCUUCUAGUAAGUCCCUUGCUAGUUAGAAAGAACUGAUUUAAGUAAUGUGAACUUGUAUUUAUUAAGGGAUCAGAUUUUACCAUAUUUAAUCUGUGAUCAUUACUCUUUUAAAAAAUGAAAUAGUUUUACUCUAGCUUAUUUCAGAGAAUUUUGAAAUUCAGGACUAUUUAGUCACUAUUCCUAAUUAGAAAAUGCUAAAAAACCAAAUAUUUAUAGAAAUAAAAAACCAAUGUAUUAGAAUAAGGAUGUUUUUAUAAACUAUUUUGGAAUUUAUCUUAUAUGAAUGUUCCUUCUACUUAUUUUUCAUAACCUGGUCUAUUUUAUUUGUAAUUAAUUUAUGACAUGCAUUUCUAUAUACUCUUAAAGUUUAUACUUGCACAUAAUUUAUUGCAUAUUAUUUCUAUUUUCUGAAUUUAGUACACUUUACUUCUAGUCUCAUGAAAUGUUUAUUUUAAUCUAUAGAAUUUUUUCCUCCUUAUUUUAAGAAUAUAGCAACAAAUUAUUAUCUUUCAAAUUAUUGUGGUUUUUAAUUUGAAUUAAUUAUUGGGUAUAAAAAAACUUCUUUUAUUAACAGUUUAUUGUUUCUGUAAUUAACUAGUCAAAGCAUAUUUAAGUAUGCUUUGAUUAGUUAGCAUAUUUUAAUUUAGCAUUAAAUAUGCUAAAAAUUUUUUUUUAAUAUUUCAUUUGGUUCUAUGAAAUUGGUGUUAGGUAACUUGAGAAAUGCAAUGUAGCUGAUUUGAAUUAAAUCUAUAUCUGUAAUCAUUCCAAAUUUAAUAUACAAGGUGGUCAAAAAUUUUCAGGAAAUUUAUUGAAAAUUUUAUUUUUUCUCAGUGUAAUUAUUGGCAAAAGAAUAUACUAUUAAAAUAGUUUUAAUUAAAUUGAGAAAAUUGUUAUCAUUAUAAUUUAGAGUCUAAAGGAAAGUGCUCUCAGAUGUAUAAUUGAUAUUUUAUGUUAUGCACAGAUAAGUGUUGCACUUGCUACAGAACUCUAGUUGAUGCAAAGUGGUGCACAUUUUCUUGUUUUGAUUCUUACGUUAUAAAGUUAUACAUUUCUAAAUUGCAUAUCGUUAUUUCUAGGAUAUUGUUGUUUUUCUAGACUAGAAAUAAUGUGAAGGAUAUUUUUUUAGUUUGUGAAAACAAAUGUUUAUUAAAUACAAUAUACUAGAACUGUAAUUGGAUCUUUUUAUGAAGGAGUCCGACCACCCUAAAUUUAUGCAGUGUUCAUUUUCUUAAAUACAGUACACUCCCAAUUAUCCGGCCUAAUAAGGCAAACUGGAUAUCAAAAAAAUCUGAUAGGUCGGAGUUCUGUGAAUUCAUUUCUUUGCCCACCAAUACUAGAAAACAAAGUUUUUAUACCAAACUCACGCCUAUAAUACGUAUUUUUUUCACUUCUUUUUGAGUACUAAGGCCUGCAUUUAUCUCAAGCCACAUAGAAUGUGAAUGCUAAUUAGAACUAACUUCUUGACUCUGUUUUUUGCCGUUUCCCAAAGUCUAGUCACUGCAUAAGCAUGUAAUUUAUCCUCCAUAUUCGCUACAACUUUUUUUCGUUUAUCACUUAUUUUGAAAUCUCACUUUAAAAAAUAUAAGAACAAUAUACAAAUAUCUUAUGUACUGUGCAGUUAAAUCAAGAACAGAGACAACAAUUGUGAUCUGUUGCACAUUGAUGAAACAAUGAAUAAUGAGCAGAAUGUUCCUCUUUCCUGCCACAAAUUGUAGUUUGAACACAGCAUCUAGGAGGAUUAUAGAAGCCCACUUGCAAUGCCUUGCUUUUCUCAUUUAAUUACAAUAAAAGCAAACUAGACCAGAUAGUAUAGAAGCCAAAUACUCAGGAGUGUACUGUAUAUUUACAAGUUUUAUUGGUAUUGAAAGUUGUUUGGCAGCUCUCUAUUUUUAAAAAUAUAUUGAUGCUCUUAUUUCCCAAUUUAGAAUUUGUUCGUCAGGUGGGGGAAAAAAAAAACUUUUUUUAUCUAUUAUACAUCAUUUUUGUAACAUUGUUUACAUUCCAAUUAAUAUUGUACUACAAUGCCUUUUUAUGAAUACCUUAAUUGCUUAGAUAAUCAUGUUAAAUAUUUCUUAUUUGCUGUCCUUACUAAAAUUAUUUUUCUAUUAAUGAAGAAAGAAAUAUAUUACUGUGAUACAUAAGUAGGUAAAAAUAAUUUACUCUUGAAAUUUUUUACAAUAUGAUGAACUACUGUACUAGAACCAUGAAUGUUGUGUUUUGCAUAUGUGCAACUAUAUAUCUAAUUUAUUUAUUUCAUAUUUUCCUUUAUUUUUUUUUCAUGUUUUAUGUUUCAGAAACCUCUUAUUUAAGGUUUACUGUUUUUUAUCCGGUGAUUUAUACUUUAUACUUUUUGUUAUUUUAUGUCUUUUGUUGUUUAUUCAAUCAAAAUGUCAUAGUUAAAACAAUCGAUUGGUUGACUUUAUAUAAGAUAGUGGUAUUCUAUAAAAAGAGAAAAUCAUUGAUAAUUUAACCAUUUAUCAAGAUUUUUUUUUAACUUUCAAAAGCAUGUAUCAGCUUGUUAAAAGAUAAAAUAAAUCCUUCAAAAAAGAAAGAAAAUGAUUAAAAAAAAAAGGAGAGAGAUUCAAGAUUGUAUAAGAUUCUUUAAUUAUAAAUCUACAAAAUUUCGAAAUUUUUAAUAAACUGAACUAUCUAAUAUUCAUUUCAUUUAAACUAUAUUUCUUGAAUCAGUUUGCAUAGUUAUUUUCAUUUAGAAAUAUAAGCAAAAGAAUCAAUGUUGAAAAGUGUAAGCAUUUUCUUCAGAAAAGUAUGGCUUUUAUACUUUUUAAAAUUUAUAAUGAAAGAGUUUUUGUAAUGGAUUUGUUUUGUACAAAUAGUAGGGAUUUUUAUAAAAAAGAAGUAUGCAGUAUCUAGUGUGAUAUAAAGCAACAGCAAUGUAAACUUCUGUAAUUCAAUGUUGUAGUGUAAGCGUAAUUAAUAUUAUGGCUAAUCCUGGUCAGCUUGUUUGAAACACGCUCUUUUCUAAUUUUUCACAGCUUAAAUUAAUUGUAACAAUAAGUAAUAUUGGUGUCAAAAAUAUAAAUGAUUGUUAAGUAAAAUGCUCACCUGUCCAGAAUUAAUUUUUAAACUACAUUUAAUGCAAUUCUGUUUAGCAAAGCUUGAAAAUAUGAGUAGUUUGUAGCUCAGUGAUUUAUAUUAUCAUAGUUUCAUGAAUUAACAAAAUAACAUUCCACAGGUAGCUCUUUCUUAUCUAACCGGUUUAUUGAAAUUCUUGUACCCUCAUUGAAAUAUAUCUAUGAUUUCAUCAAAAUUAAAAUAAAGUUAUUAUUAAGGUUUGUGCAUUGGUGGGGAAAUGUUUACCCAAAAUAUUUGUAUUUUCUUAACUAUGUAAAGCAGGAUUUCAUGAUAUAGUACUAUAAAGUUUAAUUCAUAUCUACUUUCUAUUAAAUAAUCCCAUUUAAUAUUUUAAAAUUUAACUUUUUGAGAAAAGGCGAUAUAGUGAUGAAAAUUUGAUACCUUUUUAUAUAUAAAAGGAAUUGGAUGAUUUUUUUUUAAGUUGCCGCUAAUUAGAUGCAAUACUUUUUGGUCUGAAAUAUAUUGUUUGAAAUGCAUGUUGUAAGUUUAAAAUGUUUACUUAAAAAUUAUUUUAAAAAACAAACUAUAUACUGUGUACUUCUUUGUAAGAUUAAUUUCUUAUGCAUUUACUUUUGUGUUUUUGAAUGUUACAUUUUUUUUAAAUUAAAAAUGAGGCUCACAUGCAUUUUUAUUUUACAAUAACAAGGUACCACUGCAUUUAAUAUAUUUGUGUGAUAUGAUUUGCAAUAUUCGAGAAAAAGGACAGCUUUUUUUUCUUUUUAAUGUAAUCAUUGUACAGAACUGAAUAUGGUUUUCUGUAGAAUAU